CAUGUAUUGAAUGUUGUGGGUGAAGACAACGUCAACGUAGAGUAAGCUAGGCAUGCACUGUAUCCAUACUCUGUGUCUCAACUCUUUCACCAAAGUAAAACAUAAGUGGUCCAUAAUCCUUUCUGGAAAUAAAGAGUAGACCCCCCAAAAAUAUCAACUGAUAGAAGCAUGCACUUAAUAAUUAGCAGCCACAUUUGAAGCCAUUAUCCCAGUUGAAAAACAACUCGUUUUUGCCAUAGUUGAACCAUUUAAAGCACCAAAAUUGUUGGAAGAAUUGUACAUGUAAGAGAAGAGUCUUUCCAUUUUGAAAAAUGAAGUUUGAAAAAGAGUUCUCCUCACAGAUGGUGCAAGAAUGGCAGGGAGCAUACAUGGAUUACUCCUAUCUCAAGAAACACAUAAAAGCCCUCCUAAAAUCCCACCAGCAGAGCAGCAACCCCGGCUUCACGAGACAGAGGCAGGCCAUGUACAGGGCCUUCAGUGGCCUCACCGGCCGGAGCUCACCCAAGGCGAGAGAAGAAGAGGCUGUCAUGAUCCCACAAAGUGCAUACCAGACCUUGCUCAUGAAGCUGUCAGCAGAAGGCGCUGAGCAAGAGCUCGAGUUCUUCAAGAAGCUCGACCUUGAAUUCGAUAAGGUGAGGACGUUCCACGAGGGGAAGGUUCAGGGUAUACGGGAGAAUGCCGAGGAGCUUAGCAAGCAGAUGGAUGCUUUGAUUGCUUUGAGGAUCAGAGUCAAGAGGCCGGAUCAAGUGCUAGAAACGGCAGCUGCUAGCGUGGUUUUGAGUCCAGUGGCUAGAAGCCCUGAAGGAGUGCAUAUGGAUGUGAUUCAAGAAGUUGAGGACGAGGAGAAAACUAAGGAUCUUGAGGGUUUGAGGCCUGCACGUUUGCAAGUUUUGGAACAUGUCAAGAUCAAUGUUGAUCCUGAUACCCCUGUCUCGACUCUGAAAAACGUCAUCAUGAGCUCAAAGCUGGAGCUGUCGUUCAGCAAGGACGAGCUGAAGAGGGCGGAGAAGAAGAUGCGCAAGGCCUUCAUCGAGUUCCACCAGCAGCUUCGCCUUCUCAAGAGCUACAGUUUCUUGAAUAUACUUGCCUUCUCCAAGAUCAUGAAGAAAUAUGACAAGAUAACUUCACGGAAUGCUUCAAAAACAUACCUGCAAAUAGUCGACACAUCAUCUCUUGGAAGCUCCGAGGAGAUUUACAAACUCACCGAAAAACUAGAGGCCUCGUAUAUCAAGCACUUUGCAAAUGGAAAUCGGAGAGAAGGAAUGAAGGUGUUGAGACCGGGAGUGAAAAGAGAGAGGCACCGGAUAACGUUCCUUCUAGGUUUAUUCAGUGGUUGCUGUAUAGCUCUGAUUGCUGCCAUCAUCGUCUCUGUUUAUGCUCGCAAUCUUCUUCAGCACGAAGGAGGAAGACAGUAUAUGACGAACAUAUUCCCACUAUACAGGUAUGUUUUCUCAAAUUUUUUCGCUGUUUCCACACCCAAAACUGAACUGGGUGCUGAACUGAUAAACUUUGGUCUUCAUAGCUUGUUUGGAUACAUCGUCCUGCACAUGGUCAUGUACGGAGCGGAUACCUAUUUGUGGAGGCGAUUAAGGGUGAACUACCCCUUUAUAUUUGGCUCCAAACCAGAGACGUCGCUUGGCUUCAGAGAAGUCUUGGUCGUUGCCUCUGGACUCUCAGUACUCACCCUGGCUGCUAUUCUCGCUCAUCUCGACUUGGAGAUGGAUCCGGAGACAGAGAAAUUCCGAUUAAUAACUGAACUGCUUCCGUUGUUCCUAGUAACUGUUGUGCUUGUUAUAACACUAUGUCCCUUCAACAUAAUAUACCGUUCCAGUCGUUUCUUUCUCAUUCGUUCUACAUUCCACUGCAUCUGUGCCCCUCUCUACAAGGUUACCUUCAUUGAUUUUUUCAUGGCAGAUCAGAUGACGAGCCAGAUUCAGGCUAUCAGAAGUCUACAAUAUUAUAUAUGUUACUACGUGUGGGGUGACUUCAGAAAAAGAUCGAACGAAUGCACAAACAGCAGUACUUACAAGUUUCUAUACAUAGCUGUAGCCGUUAUUCCAUUCUGGCUGCGCCUCCUUCAGUGCCUCCGUCGUGUCUUUGAGGAGAAAAGCGCUAUGCAGGGCCUCAAUGGCCUAAAGUAUUUCUCAACAGUCGUUGCUCUUGUGAUGAGGUCAUUGUAUGAUAUCACUGUACAAAAUGGCAAUGCAUCGUCGUUUUGGAGAAUCAUGGCUGCAGCAACAUCUGGCAUCACGACCAUCUACAACACGUAUUGGGAUAUUGUAGUGGAUUGGGGUCUCCUGCAAAAGAAAGCCAAGAACAGAUGGCUGAGAGAUAAGCUUCUGAUAUCAAACAAAGCUGUAUAUGUAGUAGCUAUUGUAGCCAACAUACUUCUGAGGCUUGUAUGGAUGCAGCUGGUCCUUGAUUUCAAUCUGCCAUUUCUCCACAGAAAUGCCAUGACCGCUGUUAUUGCCUGCUUGGAGAUACUUCGUCGUGGCAUUUGGAACUUCUUCAGGUUGGAGCAUGAGCACUUCAACAACGUGGAAAAUUAUAGGGCAUUCAAGUCCAUACCUAUGCCAUUCUACUAUGAAAAAGACCACCACAUCAUGUGACAAACAUGACUUAUGAAAUUUCGUCCAGUGUUAGGGAGAUGUCGUUUUAAUAUUUGUGAUAAGAGUGUAAAGGAAAGCAUUUGCAGCAUGUGUAGAUAAUUUUUCUGGUGUUAUUUACCUAAAUCCUGAAUCAAUCAUCAGAAUCCUCUCAAA